ACAGGACCAGUUGUACAUCUGACAUUGCUUCGAAAGAAACCACAGUAUGCUACUUUAUCUCCAGAAAGAGAGUUUGAUAGAGGGCAUCCACACAUGCUCAACUUAACUGGUGUGGAAACUGAUAGUGAAAAUGAGGAACCUCAAGAGCAAAGAGACAACUCUGAAAAUGAAAGGAAGCAAAAGCUACAUGCAAUUGGGAACACCUUGGACUUAUCAGAAAAUAAACUGACAGCCAAAUGGGAAAAACUCCUGGGACCUGAUUUUGAAGUUAUGGUUGUCACAAUAGAUACACCAAUUGCAGAUGAUGCUGAGCUACAGAAAUAUUCAAAGCUGCUGCCCAUUCACACAUUAAGGCUAGGAGUUGAACUGGAUACCUUUGAAGGACAUCAUUACAUCUCUUCCAUUGCUGCAGAUGGCCCAAUCGCUAAACUUGGCUUACUGCAGUUAGAGGAUGAGCUUUUAGAGGUAAAUGGUGUCCAGCUGUAUGGGAAAUCCCGCCGUGAAGCUGUUUCUUUUCUUAAAGAAGUUCCCCCUCCAUUUACCCUGAUUUAUUGUCGGCGUUUGUUUGAUGAUGACACAGAAUCUUUUGUGGAUGAACCUACAGCUACUGUUGCUGAUUGUCUAGAACCAAAGGUCAACCUUGGAAAUCCAGAGGAAGAACAGGAAGAUGAAGAUGUGGAACUAACACUAUGGUCUUCUGAAGUCCAAGUCAUUGUCCUUGUUAAAGAUACAAAAAUAGGUUUAGGAUUCAGCAUCUUAGACUACCAGGAUCCUUUAGAUCCAACAAAGACAGCAUUUGUGAUCAGUUCACUUGUGCCAUGUGGAGUGGCUGAACGUGGUGGUGAACUUUUCCCUGGUGACCGCUUGGUCUCUGUAAAUGAUGUGUGUUUGCACAAUAUUACUCUAGAAGAAGCUGUAGAAGUUCUGAAAUCUGUGCCACCAGGGGAAGUUCACCUUGGAAUCUGCAAACCUUUGGUGGGUGAAAAUAAACAUCAUGGGACUUCUUCUGUGGAAACCAAGAGACUUACCAGAAGUUCAGUAUCUCAAGAAUCAAUCAAUAAUAUUGAGUCAUCAAUACUCCUUGCAGCUCCAAAGGACUUCAGAGAUGAAUCUAAAGAAGAACUUGUUGAUGAACCAAUCUUGGAUUUGGGGAGACAGUUUCAACUUUUGCAGAAUGAAACAGAUGUUGAUAAGGAAUCCUGGGAAAUGCAUGAGUUUUUGAAGCCUAUGGAAGAACAUCUUGGUGAAGAACGAGAGAUGCUAGUGGAUGAAGAGUUUGAUAUGGAUCAGCAUUAUGAAAUAUGUCUGCCAGCAGAUAUAAGAGAACUAACUUCAUCUCCUGAGAUGGACUUUGAAACUGCAAGGCAGUGGGAUAAAGAACUAGACUGUGCUAAAAUAGUGGAAUUGAAUCCUGCAGAAGAUCUUAAUGCUAAAGAGAAUGAAGAAAACAGUAGUAAUAAUUCACUAUUCCAUGGUGUUUCAGUGGAAUACAGCCAACCAAAUCCUAUACUGGAUGGUAUUGCAAUGCAAAGUGACCCUAAAGAAGAUCUAUACAUUAAUGUUGAUCAUGAAGGAUAUAAACUGAAAAAUGAAGAUACUGAUCUUUCCAGCAUCCAAGAUUCUGCCCUACUUAGAGUAGUGCUGUCUAGUGAAUUGCCUGAAAGAGAAGAAGGAGAAGGCGAAGAAACUCCAAUUUUCAGUCACUGGGGACCACCCCAAACAAUUGAAAUUUUUCGGGAGCCCCAUGUACCUCUUGGCAUCAGUAUUGUUGGUGGACAUACAGUUAUAAAACGCCUGAAGAAUGGAGAAGAGCUUAGAGGAAUAUUUAUCAAGCAGGUUUUGGAAGAAAGCCCAGCAGGAAGAACAAAGGUUCUCAAAACAGGAGAUAAAAUACUUGAAGUGUCUGGAACAGACCUACAGAAUGCUACUCAUGAAGAAGCUGUGGAAGCUAUCAAAAAUGCAGGCAAUCCCAUUGUUUUUGUGGUGCAAAGUCUGUCAACUCUUCCAAGGAUAGUUUCAGUAGUAAACCCCAAGAAAAAGAAAGGCCAGGAUCAGGACACAGAAGAAGCCGAAAAGAAGAAAAGUGGAGCUCCACCACCCAUGAAGUUGCCACCACCUUACAAAGGAGCAAGAAUGUCCAGCUUGGAUGAUCCAGAAGAGGAAGAAGAGGAAGAAGAGGAGGAAGAGGAGGAAGAGGAAGAAAAUGCUUAUACGGAGGAGAAAAUCAGACAAAGAUAUGCAGAUCUGCCUGGAGAAUUGCACAUUAUUGAACUUGAAAAAGAUAAAAAUGGACUUGGACUCAGCCUUGCAGGCAACAAGGAUAGGUCUCGCAUGAGCAUUUUUGUUGUGGGUAUUAGUCCAGAUGGUCCUGCAGGAAAAGAUGGAAGAAUGCAUAUUGGAGAUGAACUUUUAGAGAUAAAUAACCAGAUUUUAUAUGGGAGAAGUCACCAGAAUGCUUCUGCAAUAAUUAAGACGGCACCAUCAAAGGUCAAACUGGUAUUUAUACGCAAUGAGGAUGCGUUUAACCAGAUGGCUGUAGCUCCUUUCCCAUUACCCUCUUGCACUCAGUCUUCCAAUGAGGAUAUCAGCAGCAAAGUUGAAAAACAGGUGACUGAAGACCAGCAAGUUAAGGCAGACCAGCCUCCAGAAAACUUUCGAAACCAGUUAAAGCAAACAAAGUCUUCCACAGUGACCCCCAUCCCCAUCAAUUUACAUGAGAUUUCUUUGGCAUCUGAAUCACUUUAUUCUCCAGAGACAGAAUUCAGCAAUCGAAACAACUUCUCACCUCCUUCAGUAGAUCCAGCAACAUGCCCAAUUGUUCCUGGACAAGAAAUGACUAUAGAAAUAUCCAAAGGACGAUCAGGUCUUGGACUCAGUAUUGUAGGAGGAAAGGAUACACCACUUGAUGCCAUAGUCAUACAUGAAGUUUAUGAAGAAGGAGCAGCUGCUAGAGAUGGUCGACUUUGGGCUGGUGAUCAAAUUCUUGAGGUUAAUGGCAUAGACUUGAGAAACGCCACUCAUGAAGAUGCUAUCACCGCCUUGCGGCAAACUCCUCCAAAAGUGCAGCUUGUUGUCUAUAGAGAUGAAGCUCAUUAUAAAGAUGAAGAGAAUUUGGAGAUUUUCCAUGUAGAUCUACAACGGAAAAUGGGCAGAGGAUUAGGACUUAGCAUUGUGGGGAAAAGGAAUGGAAGUGGCGUGUUUAUCUCUGACAUUGUCAAAGGAGGAGCUGCUGACCUUGAUGGGAGACUAAUUCAAGGAGAUCAGAUAUUAUCUGUCAAUGGUGAGGAUGUCAGACAUGCUUCUCAAGAGAUGGUAGCUACCAUUCUUAAGAUGAGCCAACAUAAUGUCCAUGGCCACUUUUAUCCUACAUUUGCUCCGGUUAUCUCCACUUUGCAGAAUUUUGUCACUACUAAGAGAUCAUCUGCUGAUCCUUCUCAGAGAAAUUCAGUUGGAGCAGACAUAAGCCCAAGAACCGUGGAAAUAACAAGGGGUCUGAAUGAUGCUCUUGGUAUCAGUAUUGCUGGAGGUAAGGGAAGUCCCCUGGCAGAUAUUCCGAUCUUCAUUGCUAUGAUUCAAGCCAAUGGAGUGGCAGCACGCACACACAAACUCCGAGUUGGUGAUAGGAUUGUCAGUAUUAACGGGCAGCCUCUGGAUGGUCUGUCUCAUGCUGAUGUAGUAAAUCUGCUGAAAAAUGCUUUUGGGAGCAUCAUCCUGCAGGUAGUAGCUGACACCAACAUCAGUGCCAUCGCCAGCCAGAUAGAGAAUAUGACUUCCAGCACUAACUUUAGUCCACCUAUGGAGCAUCAUCCUGAAUACUCAGAAUCACCUCAGCCCAAAAUUAUUGUGUUGGAGAAAGGCUCAGAUGGAUUGGGCUUUAGUAUUGUAGGAGGCUUCGGAAGCCCCCAAGGAGACCUCCCUAUAUAUGUCAAGACCAUUUUUGCAAAGGGAGCGGCUGCAGAUGAUGGCAGACUGAAGCGUGGUGAUCAGAUUUUAGCUGUUAAUGGACAGUCUCUGGAAGGCGUGACUCAUGAGCAAGCCGUAGCUAUUCUGAAGCACCAAAAAGGGACGGUUACAUUAACAGUGUUGCCAUGAGCUUUGCUGCAAAUGCAGUUUGGGCUGGAUGCAAUUAUUUCUGACCAUUGCUAGAGCUGCUAUAAAAUGAUCUACAAUCCUUGUCAGAUGACAACUCAACUCCAGCUAAAAUUAGCACAUAUUAUUAAUAAUGUUGCUAUGCAGCUACAGCCAUUGUAGUGGUUCAUUUUGUCUUGCCAUUGUAGCUAUUUGUGAAAAUCCUACAUCUCAUCCAUCCUGGGUUUUCUUGAAUGUGCUUUUGAUUCCCUCCUUUGUCCAUAAUUAUUAUCUCUUAGUAGGAAGUAUAAUCAGGAAACUAAAAUUAGCAUAUACACAAGAAAGAAUGUAGCUGCUUGUUGGUUCCCAUCUGAUGAACAGAUAGAAAUACUGAUUGACUUUUCAUCUUACCCAUGGUUUGAUUUUGUUAAUUCUCUUUUUAGCUGUGCCAGAAAACAUUAAAACAUAAUUCAAUUACAGCUUUUUCAAAUAAUGAAAUAUCAAAUUCUCCUAUGGGAAAUUAAUUGCAUAUGAAGUUCUAAUGACGAAGUGCCAACCCUCCUGUCUAAUCUCUCUGGAUAAAUAAUAUGUAUGCUAAUGAUAACUAUAACAAGUACAUUUUCAGCUUCUCCUUACUCAUUUUCUGCUUUUGGAAAAUCCUGUAAUAGAUUGGCAAGAACCUUCAGAAGUUUCUAUCUCUAGAGAGCUAGUUAAAUGGCGGAAGCCAUUUGUACCAUGUAAAGCUUAACUCCACUGAAAUGAAAGAAAGCCUUAAUUUAGAAGAGGGCUACUCAUUAUUUAUAAUGAUCACACUGUAACGAAAGGUAAACAUGGCCUACAAAAUUCAUGAUCAAAUUCUCACAUUCGUGUCUCAUCAGUAAAUAAAAUGGUGAUUUUUUAUUUUAAUCCUGCAGCUUCUGUAAAAUAUGUGUACUGUAUGAUAUAAUUAGAAUGCAAUAACAUCACCUUGUUUCAGAUAAAGGAUAUCUCUUAACUCUGCAAAGGUGAAUAAGCAGUGGUCAAAAAAGAAGUGGCAUGUCUUGUUAAGAAUGAUGUCUUUGUUUUCAUGUCCUAUCUUUGGAUCUAGCGAAUCACAAAGUGCAUUAAGCUAUUGGAAUAUAGCAAUAGCUGUGCAUAUUCCAUGAACAGUGCCUGAAAGCAGAUUAAAAUUAUUUUAAAGGAUUUCUACUCAAUGUCCAAAUAAUGAUAUUUAUAAGAAAUGCAAGUAAAAAUGACCCAUGAAGAAAACUCACUAAUUCUUUUUAAGACUUGAGGCGUUCAAUUUUGUCAAUUUAUGCUUAAGUUUACACUAUACAUUCAUGCUAAACUUGAAGAUACAGAUGAUGUUAACUUGUUUAAGGAUUGUUAUCCAAAUCUAAUGAUUGGCCAAAAAUGUAUCAUUUAAAUGGAUAUAAUCAUUCUUUUAAAUUUUAUCUAAGCAGUUGACCUUCUUUUCAACGUGUUACGGAUAGAAGGGGAUGUUGGGUUUAUAUGCUGAAAUAAUGUGCAUGUUUUCUAGCUCAGAUGGGAAAUCACCUCACUGCUUUUUAUAAUUUGCACUUUUUACAUGUUUCAUAUAGUGCUGCCAAAAAACAAUAAACCAAAAAACCCCCAAACCAACCGCAUUGCAACCUGCAGAUAAAUUGGUGAUGAUGUGGGGAAGUAAGUGCUAUAUGUAAACAUUCAAAAGCACAAUCUGGUUGGAAGUUUUCCAUCUGUCAAGUCCUUCGAAGAUAAGUGGGAGUUAUCUAGGGGUGUAUAGAAACCCUGACUUGCACAGGAACACUGCCCAGUUGAUUGUGCCUCGAUCAUUUAAGAAAAAUCUGAUGUCUUUCUGGGAGUUUAUGGGUUUGAGGUUUUGAUAAUGCUGCUAAUUUCUAAGAGGGGCGGUGAUACAUACUGUAUGUUUGUGUAUAAAAUAAAAUGUUUUAUGAAUUCUAAAAAUUCUUAAUAAAAUUCACUUGCAUAAAUAAUGGUGGCAUGAUGGGAAGGAAUUAACACUGCACUUAUACACAUAAACAUAACUAUGGUAUUACAGUUUAUUUUGGUGUUUGCCGGUAAAUAAACUUUAACAUGACUAUGGGGGAAGGCUUAAAAAUACAAGCUUGGCACAACUUUUGUAUCACGCAGACUUAAACAAAAAAGCAUGGGAAACUUGCUGACUAUACCCAAUUACUACUGCAAAGACUAAGCCAUUUAGUGAUAUCAUCAAGACACAUUUUAGAAGAGAACAACUUACAUCCUGGAUAAUGAUGUAUCUAUCACAUUUGAGCCUAAAGUAUAAUAAAGGACUAAAAUAAAGUCUUAAAAAUUACACCCAUCUGAAAAAAUGGGGGAAAUAAGUCAAUAUUGCUAGUGAUUAAACGUUUUUGGAAGAUGAUUGUGAAUUUUACUUAUUAUUAGGAACAGUAGGUAGUGGUAAUGAAGAGUAAGAUAACGGGACCAGGCAAUAUUUUCCUAUGGUCUAGCCUAAAGAAGAGAAGGGAGGGAGAUUCCACCUGCCUUUAUGUUAGGAACAUAAUGUUUGAAAUCAACUUAUAGAGUUUUAUUUGCGGGGGGGGGGAGAGAUUUAUUUAUCAUGCCCAAGAUGGCAUCAGUGCAGCAGACUACGUAGCACCUCUCUUUCUUGCUUAUUUAUUUUCUUUUAGAGGAAAACAUCUAAUAUGGGUAAGAAUAAGAGAUAUAGGUCUAGCCCUGAAUCAGUUUUUCCCCCCUAAAUUCGAAAUGGCUCUAGACAGCACAGAUGGACCCUGUGCCUGCUGUAUUAUUGGCUAAUAUGUUUGUCAAGUCUGGGCUACAGGGGGUUUUUUUUUUUUUUUUAGCUAGUGUUAUUCAUGGGCUGGGCUGAAACAAACCCAUUGUUGUUUCUCUUUAGAUAUGUUCACUUAUGUGGUUGUUUGGGUUAUCUUUUUACUAAAGCUUCUCAUUCAAAAAAAUUUAGAAAACCUGUUCCUUCAUUUUGUGCUUCCUCUUAGUAUGUGGACAGUUAAAUGACAUAUUACAUAUAAGUCUAUCACUGCUGUGAGCUGCUGUGCAAAAGGCAGAUGAUAAAUCUAUCAAAAUAAACAAAUG